AUGAAGCUAUCGGGCGACGGUCGUCAGCUGUGGCAGUGGAAGGACGACGAUAACAACGCUUCCAGAUUGGCCGAGGCGAUCGCCGUCGAUCAGCAAGGCGGCGUGCUAGUGGGAGGCCUCGCGUUCGACGACGGCGGGACCGACUUCGCCGCGUGCAAGCUGGACAGCUCUGGGAACGUCACGUGGAGGUGGCAAGCCACAACGGACGGACUCAACGCCGUGUCCUCAAUCGCCCCGGCCAACGACAGCUUUAUCCUUGGUGGCCGAACAACCGGAAACUUCAACGGCACGAGCGCGGGGGGGACAGACUUCGUCGCCGUGAAGCUAGACGACUCGGGGACAGAGGUCUGGAGGUGGCAGGACGGCACCGUCCAAGACGAUGUUGUCGAGGCCGUUGCGCAUUCCGACGACGGGUCGGCCGUGCUCGCCGGACACACGUACGGGAGCUGGAGCUCUGACAACGCGGACGGUAGCUUCAGCAAGGAUUUCGCCGCGGUAAUGCUUUCUUCUGAUGGGAAGGAGAUUUGGCGAUGGCAGGAUGGCACUACUGAAGACGAUACAUUGGAAGGGGCGGCAAUCCAAGAGGAUGGUUCGGUGGUCUUGAGCGGAAAUUCCGGCGGCGGGUUCGUGGCGCUAAGGUUAAACGCAAGUGGCACGGAGGUUUGGCGAUGGGAGGGUGGCUCGCAAGAGACCGAGGUCGACAGCGUGAGCUUGUGCGGCUCCGGGUACAAUGGCCGGAUGGUCCUGGCGGGCUUUACGUUUGCCAGCGACUUCGGAGUUGGGAGCAACUCGCCGACGGUUUUGGAAGCGCCUGACUUUGCGGCUGUCUUCCUGGACACCACAAGGUCCGUGCCGGUGGACACUGAGCUUGUCCCUAGCGCUGGGUCCACGCCCGUGGUGAUCGCGGUUGUAGCCGGGGUGCUAGCUGUGGCCAUCAUCGGUCUCACUGUCCUGGAGAGGUGGCUCAAGAAGCAUCCGAGACGAGGAGAAGGUUCCUUGUCCCCUCUUGGUUAGGAAUGCAAGCGGCGGUUGGUCUUGUAUACCCCGAAGCACGGGAUGCCCAACCCAGCGUGGACAUCAGGCGGCGAUGGCUGGCUGGGAAGAUGCCCUUGCUUUGCUCCGAGACAGCACGUCGGAGAACCAUCGGAACGAGGGUCUUCUGCCCUCGACCAGGUCGUCGCGGCAUCCGUUUCCAACUGUAGAGAGGACCAGGCAGUUUCCCUGUCGGCGACGCUCUCUGCGUCCGUUUCCGAUUGCGGAGGGGGCCAGGUGGUACCCUUGUCGACGGCGCUUUUAUGCCAAGCCUCCGACGUGCGAUAGGUUGUCGGCGGCAGGCCCAUUGCCAUGUCUCCCGCGUCACAGCAGGGAUGCGUGAGCGUGUGUGCUUUGCCACAGGAGUGGGCACCCAGUGGGAUUUCCUCCGAAUUUUUCCGUGGUAUUUUGGACUGCCUCGCAGUCCGAAUGCUGCGCAUCGUGUGCAUUUGUGCCCAUUCCAGCUAUUUUGCAGCACCUCACGAGCGUACAUUCGUACCCGGGAUAAUAUUGUUCCAAGUUUGAAGAUGUCCGAAGUGUUGUCCCACAUUUUGAAUUGCCGAAAUUGGAGGUGCUUCCGAUUUUUCCUCCAUCCUUUUCACCACUAUAGGUAAGGCGCUUUUGAAUUUUGGUUCACGUUCCGCGUCGAGUCACGGAGACCGCCAAUGUUCCGCCGUCCAUGACAGAGCAUCGGCACGAGAGCGCUCGGCAUACCAGAAUUGCGGGCAAAGUGUUUCAUUUUUUCCUAGCCGCGUGGUCUGGCGUUGAUGCCGGUAUUGGUGGCAGCAGCCAUCGGGAUGGCUCGUUGGGUUACAGCGUCCGGCUGGUCGACACAAGAAAUGGCGUCGUUCUUGCUUGGACCUGAUUGUACGUGAGGCCACGCCCUUGGGGGUGGGACGUGUCGGGAAUGUUCACGCGACGACGUGGCGCCGGCUUUUUUUUUCUGACAAAGCUGUCUGACGAAUCGGAAUACGUAUUUCGUAGCGUGAUUGGUGUCGCUUUUGGCGGAUGGACGAGCGCCACCGGUAGAUGAUGUAUUAGUUAAAAUCCCCGGGGGGUCAAGCGGGUUUAGGUUGUGUUCUGUUCUCUCUUGUUAGUAUCGUUCCGCGUAGAAAAACAGCGGGAUGGCAGAUGAGGAGUGUCUCGAAAAAUCCUUCACUACAGAGGGCGUGUGUGGUUGACUUGAUUCGGUGUACCUUGAAGCACGGGUGAUGUGCUGCUGUACUUAAGCGACGCCGUAGGUUGGAUCCGUGUUGCAAGCUUUUCGGGGGGAAAGUCCAUGCGCCAUCUGCCCGGGCUGCUCGGGCGCGCGGAAAUCGACCUAGAAUGCGUAGGUCAUUGUGUUUUUUUGUUCUUGGUCGACCGCGCCACAUUAUACCCGACUUGACAUCGAAACGGUGGCAGGCUUGCGUGCGAAUGUGUGUGUGCCUUUCUUAUUAGCAUCGACCGCACGAACCGGUUGACAGUGGGUGUCUGUGUGCCUUUGUGUCUUGUGUGUCUGUUUCACAAGCACCGACCGCGCUUGCCGAUCGACCAGUGACAACGCGUCAGUCUUGAAGUGGGGUACUUGUUUUGUGUGUGUUGUAUACAGAUCGUGUAUGCAUACGAGCUAGUCGUAUCAGUAGCACUCCACCAUACGUGGUGUGUGCGCGCGAUCGGAGUGCGAUCGCGUUUGCACUCGAAUAGACAUGCACGCCGAGAUCCGACGCUCUUUGGAGGUAUCGGACCUAGAUGGGGGCAUUCGGAAGAUGACAACAUUUUUUGUGCGUAAACGCCGUGAAUAUUGCAGGGCCAUAGGGAACGAGGCUGCAUUGCUAGGACGUGCAAUAGAAUGCAGCAUUCUGACAGGAUGGUUUGCGAAAAUUGAGGACACGAGGUAGUGCGACGUUGGAGGGGCAAGCAAGUCGUGUCGGGGUAUUUCCGGGAGGGCUUUUGGCAAUAGAGAAACAAGUAAAUUGGCAGCAUGCUGCGUCUCGUUGCGCGGUUGCACCUGCUCAGUAGGCGAUGACUCCCGUUGCAGAGAAUUGCGCACUUUUGCGCGAUAACUAAAACGUAUUGAGCCGAAGGCAGCCCGCCUCUUCUGUCGUUUCGCCGUUUAUCGAAAGUUGAAAUAUGAGGGAAGAUCCCUAGCAUAGGCAGACGGGGGAUUCACCCGUGUAGGAGCGCAGCAGGCUAUUGGCAAGCCGUUCGAUUUGUUGCACGACCCGAAGGCCUUUAUUCAAUAUUUACAAAUUAGGUACGUGUCGCUGUCGAAGGGAGUCGUAAUGUGCGGGGGUCGCGCGCGGUUUUUCCAUCGACGAUAAUAUUUGCCUGUCGCCCUCUGCCUUUUGUAUUUUCCCAUCUAUCAUUGGGAUGGUGUCAGUUGCGUUGCGUUGGACGGGGCGGUUAGCGAGCCCAUGGUGUAAGCGCAGCCGAGGCCCAGAAAAAACAACAACGUUAUGUCACGG